AUGGACAACCUUCCACAACAAUCACAACCAUCAGCAGCAGAAGAUGUAGUGGCCGUACACCCCGGAAUAGAAGGAAUAUCGUACCUGUUGGGGACGUGGAAAGGCCAAGGAGAGGGUGGCUUUCCCACCAUCAAUUCCUUCUCUUACGGCGAAGAACUCUGUUUCUCCCACCAUUCCAGCAGGCCCGUCAUAGCUUACACCCAGAACACUUGGAAGCUCGCCUCCGGGGAGCCUAUGCACGCCGAGAGUGGAUACUGGCGCCCCAGACCCGAUGGUUCCAUCGAAGUUGUCAUUGCUCAAAGCACUGGUCUUGUUGAAGUCCUGAAAGGGACAUAUAAUGCAGAAAAGAAGGUCAUAAAGCUUCAAAGCACAAUUGUGGGAAAUGCCUCCAAGGUGAAGGAGAUAACCCGGGAUUUUCAGUUUAUUGGUGGAGAUCUAUCUUAUGUGGUUCAGAUGGCUACAAAUUCUACUAGUCUUCAACCGCAUUUGAGAGCCUCACUCAAGAAACUAUGA